AAAUAUAUCCAUCUUCGAUCAUCAUCAUUUCCAUUUCCGUUACUGAGAUAGUGUGUGUGAGAGAUCUCUCUGCCUCUUUCUCUCACUGCAUCGGCGACCUCUUCAGGUCACCAUCUUGAGUCACUAACAUGGUGGAUGGAUCACAGCAUCCGUCAAUAUUUCAGAAGAUACAGGGGCAGUCUGACCUCAUUUCUAGGCUUUCCCCCAACUUGCAUGCCAGGAAUUAUGGUGGGAGUGAUGCGUAUGUAAAUGGUGGUUUGCAGAGCUCUCUACAUCUGGCAUGCCAGGGCGCUGGCCUGGCACAUGUCUCACCUUUGUCUACCGUGUAUGUACAAGCUCCUUCAGAGAAAGGUGCCAAAGGGUUUUUUAUAGAUUUUCUCAUGGGAGGAGUUUCAGCUGCUGUUUCCAAGACUGCAGCAGCUCCAAUUGAACGUGUUAAACUAUUAAUUCAAAAUCAAGAUGAGAUGAUCAAGGCUGGUCGAUUAAGCGAACCAUACAAGGGAAUUUCUGACUGCUUUGCUCGAACUGUUAAGGACGAAGGUGUCCUUGCUCUUUGGAGAGGAAACACUGCUAACGUUAUCAGAUACUUUCCCACCCAGGCCUUGAACUUCGCUUUUAAGGACUACUUCAAGAGUCUCUUCAACUUCAAAAAAGACAAAGAUGGAUACUGGAAGUGGUUUGCUGGUAACUUGGCAUCAGGUGGUGCUGCUGGUGCUUCAUCUCUUCUAUUUGUCUACUCACUGGACUAUGCCCGAACACGUUUGGCCAAUGAUUCAAAGGCUGCGAAAAAGGGUGGUGAGAGGCAGUUUAAUGGUUUGGUCGAUGUUUACAGGAAAACUCUCAAAUCUGAUGGUAUUGCUGGGCUUUACCGUGGAUUCAAUAUCUCAUGUAUUGGAAUUAUAGUUUACCGUGGGCUCUAUUUUGGAAUGUAUGAUUCUCUAAAACCUGUGGUUCUUGUUGGUGGGUUGCAGGAUAGCUUUCUUGCUAGCUUCUUGCUGGGAUGGGCAAUCACCAUAGGUGCUGGAUUGGCUUCUUACCCCAUUGAUACAGUACGUAGAAGGAUGAUGAUGACAUCCGGAGAAGCCGUCAAAUAUAAGAGCUCUUUGGAUGCAUUUCAGCAGAUUCUCAAGAAUGAGGGUCCUAAAUCACUCUUCAAGGGUGCCGGUGCAAACAUAUUGCGUGCUGUUGCAGGUGCCGGUGUGCUUGCUGGUUAUGACAAGUUGCAGGUCAUUAUGUUGGGCAAGAAAUAUGGGUCCGGCGGUGGUUAAUUUGUGACAAUGACGACAAUGAACAGUGAUGAUGAUUGCGUUCCUUUUCUCUCUUCAAGAGUUGAAUAAAAUUUUGGAAGAACAAUAUUUAGGUAUAUGAUAUUAGAAAUUUUAUAGUUAUGAAGACAUUACUUGAAUUUUGAAUGUUUGCUUUAUCUUUUAAGUGUAGUUUUGUCUCUCAUUUGGUGAGAAAUAAUUAAAGUGUUGUGCCCAUAUCGAUGCUUGCUUGGCAUUGUACUGAAUGUUUUCUACAUAUUGCAAUCAUCUUUAUUUUCUCCUCUGCC